AUGUCGCAGCUUUCGUGCAAGAUGUACGCGAAUAUGGAAUAUUAUCACAAGCCCAUUCGUAUUGUUCUCUCGUUGAUCGGCUUGUGGCCAUAUCAGUGUUCGUAUGUUGCGAAAAUACAAAAAGUAAUAUGUUUAACAUUGUUGUUGUCACUCACUCUUGUUCAGAUUAAACAACUGAUGGGAGAAAUGCAAAGCGAUUGGUUCGCGUUGCAAAAUAAAAGAGAAAUCGUUAUUUUGCAUCAAUACGCUCGCUUCGGGAGACUCGCCUCGCUGGUUAUAAUAGUGGGUGGCUAUUUUACCGUGACCGGUACCGUGAUAUGUCAAAAUCUGCCGUUAAUUCUUGACGUCGUGUUGCCGAAAAACCAAUCGCGAUCGUAUCGCUUGUAUAUCAUAACAGAAUACUUCAUCGAUCAGGAGAAAUAUUUUUACUUUAUACUGUUACACAUGUCGUUAGUCACCUAUGUAGCUCUUACUGCGCUUUGCGGUGUGAGUUCUAUGCUGAUGAUGGGCAUUCUGCAUGUGUGCAUGCUUUUCAAAAUCGCAAGCUAUCGAAUGACGAACGCACUCAAGAAGAAUGCGGUGGAAGCAUCGAGUCCUGAAAAUAAAUCCUUAACUUGCGAAAAAAUAAUACACGCGGUCGUCAUUCAUCAAAGAGCCAAUAAAUUUCUCAAGUUCUUCGAAUCUCUUUGCGGGAUGUACAUUAUUCUAAUUGGUGUAGGAGUGACGUCUCUGACUAUCAAUCUCGUUAAACUUCUGCAAGCAUUAUUAGACAGGAACACCGACGAAGCAGUUGUAAUCGCUACGUCUGCGUUGGCCCAUUUUUUUUACAUGCUCAUAGCUAAUCUCUUCGGGCAACAAAUCACAGAUCACGGCGAAAAUCUGUUCAAAGCAUCCUGCAGCGGAAUGUGGUACGAAUUGCCGUUGCAUACGCAGAAAUUGCUGCUAUUCGUGAUGCAGAAAACGGUGUUGAGCGUCACAAUGACAGUGGGCGGUAUAUUCGUUGCGUCUUUGGAAUGCUUUGCCACGAUUAAACAAAUGUUGCAAGAAAUGCAAAACAACUGGUUAGCGUUGCGAGAUAAGAGAGAAAUCGUUAUUUUUCAUCAAUACGCUCGCCUCGGAAGACUCGUCUCGCUGACUUUGAUAGUUGGCCAUUUUAUCCUAUUCGGUGCUUCGAUAUGUCAAUUUCUCCCGUUUAUUCUCGACAUCGUCUCGCCGAUGAACGAAUCGCGACCGUUUCGAUUCAUCAUCACGACGGAAUACUUCGUCGAUGAGGAGAAAUAUUUUUACUUUAUAUUGUUACACAUGUUUUUAAUCGUCAAUAUUAGUGUUAAUGCGUUUUGUGGUGUGGCUUCGAUACUGAUAAUAGGCAUUCUGCACGCGUGCAUGCUUUACAAAGUCGCGAGAUAUCGAAUGAGGGAUGCGCUCAAGGAAGUGGAAGCUUCCAGUCCUUCAGAAAGUAAACUUCUUAGUCACAAAAAAAUGAUACAAGCGAUCCUCAUUCAUCAAAAGGCCAAUGAAUUUCUCAAGUUAAUAGAAUCCCUUUGCGGGAUAUUAUACAUUAUUCUAAUUAGUGUGGGAGUAAUGUCUCUGACUAUCAAUCUCGUUCAAGUAAGCAAAUUUCCGCUUCUUCUUAAUUCGAACAUUGGUCUAUCUGUGUUUGUUCAUUUUUUUUACAUGUUCGUAUCUAAUUUCUGCGGGCAACAAAUUAUAGAUCAUGGCGAAAGUCUGUUUAAAGCAUCCUGCAGCGGAAUGUGGUACGCAUUGCCGUUGCAUACGCAGAAAUUGCUGCUAUUCGUGACGCAGAAAACGGUGUUAAACGUCACCAUGACAUUGGGCGGUAUAUUCGUCGUGUCUUUGGAAUGUUUUUCUACGCUUGCGAGUGCAGCGGUAUCGUAUUUCACAGUGUUCUACUCUGCGCGCUAUUGA